AUGGCUUCACUGUCUAGCUUAUUACCUGCUCCUACGCAGCAGGUAUGGGAUCGCGAUGAUGAGAUAAAAGCUAGACGUGUUGGUAGUGCGCUGGUAGUGUCACAGAGUAGUGUACCACCCUAUGGACAGAGGAAAGGAUGGGUUCCUCGAGCAGAAGAAGAUUUUGGAGAUGGGGGUGCUUUUCCCGAGAUCCAUGUUGCUCAGUAUCCACUGGGAAUGGGUGCUCGUGGCAAAGAGAGCACUUCCAAUGCACUUGCUGUACAACUUGAUGAGUCAGGAAGAGUCAAGUAUUCUGCAAUAGCAAGACAAGGCCACAGUGCUGACAAGAUUAUCUAUUCAAAGCUGACAGAUCUGUUGCCAUCUGAAGUUCUAGCAGAAGAUGAUCCGACACUGCAGAAGCCAGAUGAUGAUGAAAUACAAGAUAUCACAGAGAAGACCAAAUUAGCUUUGGAGAAACUGACAAAUGCUAAAAUAUCAGCUGCUAUGCCCGUUAAAGCUGCACCAAAAGCUGCGCCUGCGCAAUACAUCCGGUAUACGCCGGCGCAGCAAGGGGGCGCCUUCAACUCGGGCGCUAAGCAACGAGUAAUCAGGAUGGUGGAGGCCCAGUCGGACCCGAUGGAGCCGCCCCGGUUCCAGAUCAACAAGAAGAUCCCCCGCGCCGCGCCCUCCCCCCCAGCGCCCGUGCUGCACUCCCCCCCUCGCCGCGUCUCCGUCAAGCAGCAGCGCGACUGGAAGGUGCCCCCCUGCGUGUCCCAUUGGAAGAACGCUAAAGGAUACACGAUACCUUUGGACAAGCGUUUAGCAGCAGACGGGCGAGGCCUUCAACAAGUCCACAUCAACGAGAACUUCUCGAAGCUAGCCGAAGCUUUAUACAUAGCCGAUAGGAAAGCCAGAGAAGCCGUCGAAGCACGAGCUCAGUUGGAGAGGAGAUUAGCGCAGAGGGAAAAGGAGAAGAAGGAAGAACACUUGAGAAUGUUGGCGCAGAGAGCUAGGGAUCAUAGAGCUGGUAUCAGAGCUCCAGAAGAGGAAGCUGAACAACCUGAACCCGAUGAAUCUGGGUUAACAGCUGCCGAAAGAGACAAACUGCGCGCGGAGAGGCAUAAGGAUAGACAGAGGGAGAGGAACUUGGCGAGAGCUGCUCCUGAUAAAAGAUCAAAGCUGGUGAAAGACAGGGAACGCGAUAUAUCCGAGCAGAUUGCGUUGGGUUUGCCCGCCAAGUCGCAAGGCGGGGAGAGUAUGUUUGACCAGAGAUUAUUCAACAAUAGCAAAGGAAUGGACAGCGGUUACGGCGACGAUGAAGCAUACAACGUAUACGAUAAGCCGUGGCGCAACCAAGACAACGUGGGCUCACAUAUAUACCGGCCCUCUAGAAACGCCGACAAAGAUAACUACGGCGAUUUGGAUUCCAUCGCCAACACGCGCAGAUUUGUGGCUGACAAAGAGUUCGCAGGCACAAGCAGUUCCAACACACGAAGCGGUCCCGUACAGUUUGAGAAAGAUACCCCCAGAGAUGAACCGAGUGGUAGCGGCGGUGUCAGUAAACCCAGUGGCGAGGCAGACUUCGAUCCGUUUGGUCUGGAUCGGUUCUUGAGCGAAGCCAAACGAGCCGACAGAACCAGGAAACGAGACCAUCACGACACUCACCACGCGCACAAUAAGAAGAGACGCGAUUAGUGGGGUAUAAAAAUGAUAUGGCUCGUGUUGACAGCAGAAACUGCCUUAAUUGUAGAUAAAAUGUUCAAUGUAUUGAGUUGGAUUUAUCAGGCGCCUUUUUUACAAAUGGCAAUAUUGUAAUUGAAAAAACCAAGGAACUUAUAUACUAUCUGGAAUGCUUACGUAACCCUCAAAAUCGAUCCGAAGAGUAAACCUCAAUUAGUGGAAGCUGUCUCUUUCUAGAAGGGUGUCCAAACAGUAACAGAGGUGAUAAGAUAAUUAUUUUUCUCGGGGUGUAGGAACCUUCUGAAUUUGAAUUCCGUAUCCUUAGCUUGAAAUCCCAAAAAAAAAUUAAAACCUUAUAACGACCUUCCGAGCUUAUUAAAUAUGUCGCUAUGUGUAUUGCAUCCGUUUUUUGAACACGAUUUACGGUUCA